AUGUUGGGCGGAGAGACGAAGAAACGGAAGCAGGUGGUUAGCGGGGGGAGUUCUGGUAAUGCGAAACUCUUUGUAGAUAAAGAUGCUAAGAAGAGGUAUGAUACAUUCAUUGCUAAACGUCAUCUGCUACUUGAGCGUGAUGUUUACCUCGAUGAGCUUUUUUUUUACGCAAAUGUUAAUGAGUACAAGGAGAAUGAGCUGACAUUUAAGACACUGGUUAGGAAGAAAUCCAUCACUGUUUCGCCUGAUCUUAUUUCCAAUAUAUUAAAAAUUGAUAUACCAGACUUUCCUGAGAAUUCCAUUAUCUUUCCAUAUUCAUGUAAGGAGCAGGUUCCCGAAAUGGCGAUGGUUAUUCAACGUAUUUGUAUUGGGAGUGUCCCUUGGGAGAAUGAGAAAAGCAAAAUUGCUCACUUUGACCUUACUCCACCGUAUAGGAUGAUAAACCGAAUUGUUACCUAUAAUAUACAUCCGAGGGGUCAUACUACUGAGAUUGGAUAA